CUCCUCCUCUCGCAGGCUCGGCUUGCCCCGGCCGUGCGGCCCCCGCUACCUCCGCGGUCCGUACGAGGUGGAAGAGGAGCAUGUGAAGAUGGCGGAGCUGCAGAUGCUGCUGGAGGAGGAAAUCCCGGGGGGCCGCCGGGCCCUCUUCGACAGCUACACGAACCUGGAGCGGGUGGCCGACUACUGCGAGAACAACUACAUUCAGUCAGCAGAUAAGCAGCGAGCCCUAGAAGAAACCAAAGCCUACACCACCCAGUCCUUAGCAAGCGUGGCCUACCUGAUAAACACCUUGGCCAACAAUGUUCUGCAGAUGCUGGAUAUCCAGGCAUCCCAGCUACGAAGGAUGGAGUCUUCAAUCAAUCAUAUUUCCCAAACAGUUGACAUUCAUAAAGAGAAAGUUGCAAGAAGAGAAAUUGGUAUUUUGACUACCAAUAAAAACACUUCAAGGACACAUAAAAUUAUUGCUCCAGCCAAUCUUGAACGACCUGUGCGUUAUAUUAGAAAGCCUAUUGACUAUACAAUUCUAGAUGAUAUUGGACAUGGGGUAAAGUGGUUGCUUAGAUUUAAGGUGAGUACCCAGAAUAUGAAGAUGGGUGGUCUGCCGCGUACAACACCUCCAACUCAGAAACCCCCCAGCCCCCCUUUGUCAGGGAAAGGGACACUUGGGCGGCACUCCCCCUAUCGCACACUGGAGCCAGUGCGCCCUCCAGUGGUACCAAACGAUUACGUCCCUAGCCCAACCCGUAAUCUGGCUCCCUCGCAGCAGAGCCCUGUGAGGACAGCUUCUGUGAAUCAAAGAACUCGAACUUACAGCAGCAGUGGGAGUAGUGGAGGAAGCCACCCCAGUAGUCGGAGCAGCAGUCGGGAGAACAGUGGAAGUGGGAGUGUAGGGGUUCCUAUUGCUGUUCCUACCCCGUCUCCUCCCAGUGUCUUUCCAGCCCCUGCUGGCUCUGCCGGCACUCCUCCCCUUCCUGCCACUUCUGCAUCUGCCCCCGCCCCCCUUGUUCCCGCUGCUGCCCCUUCCUCCACUGCCCCAGACGCUGCUGCUGGGGGGGCCCAGACCCUUGCUGAUGGCUUCACUUCUCCAACUCCCCCUGUUGUUUCUUCCACUCCCCCCACAGGUCACCCUGUUCAGUUCUACAGCAUGAACAGACCUGCAUCUCGCCACACUCCCCCAACGAUCGGGGGCUCAUUGCCCUACAGACGUCCACCUUCCAUAGCGUCACAGACAAGCCUUCCGAACCAGAUGAACGGAGGACCCUUUUAUAGCCAGAAUCCAGUAUCUCUUGCUCCUCCUCCCUCCAUCCUACAGGUAACUCCUCAGUUACCUUUAAUGGGAUUUGUGGCCAGAGUCCAAGAAAAUAUUUCAGAUGCACCACCUCCACCACCACCUGUGGAAGAGCCAGUCUUUGACGAGUCCCCCCCUCCCCCCCCUCCUCCAGAAGAUUCUGAAGAAGAGGCAGCAGCUGUGGUUGAGUACAGUGACCCUUAUGCUGAAGAGGACCCUCCGUGGGCUCCAAGAGCUUACUUAGAAAAGGUUGUGGCCAUUUAUGAUUAUACAAAAGACAAGGAAGAUGAGCUGUCCUUUCAGGAAGGAGCCAUAAUUUAUGUCAUCAAGAAGAAUGACGACGGUUGGUACGAGGGAGUCAUGAAUGGAGUCACGGGGCUCUUUCCUGGGAAUUACGUGGAGUCGAUCAUGCAUUACUCGGAGUAAAGCUCAGCAGGGCUGUUCUUCCAUCGUAGGAAUAGUCAGGUCUUCCCAGAUGGUCAGAAAGUUCCAGGCAUUCCCCUCCAGUGAAAUGAAGGAAGGAUGCGAGUGAUAAAAACUACUGUUGUUUGUUUGUUUAUCUCCCAGUAUUAAACACAAAGGCAAGCUGCGUCUGAACAAACGGAUCUUUCUGCCAUUGUACUAUGCUGAGCGGUGUGAACUGAACGUAAAGGACUCUGUGAAUAUGUCAAAGCCGUAGCCACCUAACUAACACAGAGCCUGAUUCAGAAAAAUCUGGGGUCUUUCUCAGGAAUACUGUCGACUCUUGGGACGUCUCCUCCUGCAGAACCUGUGCAUUAGGUAUUCUUCAGUGUCUGUGCUAACGGUUAACCUCACGGCCGAGUGCAUCUCUUAGCCCCACACUUCUCCAACUUGUGUGAGGAGGGGGCGGGAGGACCGAUAUUUAAAUACCAGACUUAACCGUUUUUUAAUAAUUGUUUCAGAUGGCUUAUUUCUUACACUAUUAUUGUCAGCACUUGGGUGAACCAAAUUAAUUGAUGCUGAACUGACUUGUACCCCUUUCUGUUUUUCAAUUAUGAGGACAUUGUGAAAUCUGAAAGUCCCCAAACAUGCCGAGGGUGGCUAACAAGUGUUAGUGUGAUUUCGUGUGCUGCUGCCUGGCCAGUGUACCCCGAUGUGCCCAGCAUGGUAGGCUGCUCACAUGCGGAUGGCCAGGCAGGUCCCCUAUACUCCGGGAGAGAUUCAACAAUAGAAGGGUUCUCUUCAAAGGCACCUUGAACCCUGACCUUGAGUGGUGUGGUCUUAGAGGUUGUUUCCUUAUUAUUUUGACUAUAUUGGGUCACCUAUGAAUUGGAAUCAACUGAUAGCAAUGAGUUUGGCUUUUGAGUUUUCACUAUCUAGAAAAAGUGUCUUUUUUGGAAAAUAGUUAUUUCAGGUCACAGAGAAACAAAGGCUUGCUGCUGUGUACUCUGGGUGUCGUUAAUGACCAGUGUCCAAAUGGGUUCUUCCUUAGCUCUAGAAUCGGUCAAUCCGCUCCUUAUUUUGUGAUUGGACUUGGCAGUCACAUUGUCUGUUAAGGGUCUGAACCAGAUAGCUUAGACCACAACCAUCGUGGUGGGAUUAUAUACCCAAAGGCCGUUUAUUUUCUCCAGUCACCUAGAAAGGAGGAGAACUUUGAGAGAAAGUAUAGCCCAGUUGUUUAUAGUUUUUCAUCCACACGAGUAGUUUUACUGGAGCUUAUAGUUUCACUGGAGCUUAUAGGGAACAUGACUUUAUCCAUCAUCUCAGCAAGCAGUAUACGAAAUCCUGAACAAGUUCAGGGGGCUUGGUCCUGAGCAGGUGGAUACUGUAGAGAUGGUGCCAGGUGGGUUUUUCCCAGUCCCUGGGUCCUGGCUAGAAUAGAGCUUUGCCAGGGAGAGGCUGUGACUGCAGAUACUUCAGACGGAGGGCACCACCGAUGAGGGAGGAAUUCUCUGGAAAAGUGGCCCGUGUAGUAAGGUGAGGAAUCUAGCUGGGAUAGUCAGAAGUUAAUCUAGUGAUUGACCACACACAUGAAGAACACCUGGCCGCAGAGUUCUUUCUCCCCUCCUGACCACCACAGUCUGGUACCACUACAUUGAGUUUAGAUUUAUCCGACACUGGGCUUGACUUUCAUUAAUGCACUUUCACUUCACAUUCCAUUGGAUGCUUUUGUUCCCGUCUCUCUCCUGUUUUUCUUAAAAGUCAUGGCCCUGCGUGCCCACUGAGCCUUGAGGUCCUUUGUGGACCAUGUACUGGUUAACCUCUUCUCAAUACAUGGUGUAGAACUAGAAGAAAAAAAUUCAAAUUAGAUGCUCCCAUUAUCUACUCAAACAAUAUUUUUGAUGGAAGAGUUUAGUGGGUUGAAACACAAAAAAUAAACCCCACAGCUACAGAAUUAAGUAAGACAGUUGUGCAAGCAGCAGCAAUGGUGGUUGUCAGCGGAAGUGGAGCUUGUCUGGUGGACCCUGCUGGACUGGGGGUUGCAGAAGACACUGGUGAAGUCCUUAUACUGCAAACCUGGGGGGUGGGGGGGGGUGUUGAGUGGGGAGGCAGAUCUAUGGGUCAAGUAAUUUUUCUUUUAUAUUAUUUAGUAACUAAUGUGUGUGCAAUUUUUUGUUUAGAAGUACAAGUUCGACUGUCUACAUAUUUUAAAAAUUUGUACAGUUUUGAAUUUUAUAUUGAUUGUCUUGGAAGGAUACUAUGUAAUGGUGAUGGACCAGGCCUACAGUAAUUGGAGACUUUCAAUAUAUGUGGUACUUUAAUAGAUUGCAUGCUAGUAAUAGUCUGUAAGGGUAGUAUUUCCUCUUUUAUCGUAUGUUGCCCCCGUUUAUCUUUUUAUAAACUAAAAAGAUGGUAUUAGGAAUUCCAAAUGAAUGCAGAAAUCUUCCAUGCUACAAAUUACAAUGUUGUAGCACAGAUCAAAGCCUAAAAUCUGCUGUCUGGUAAGCAACCAUUUAACAGGAAAGAGGGAAUCCAAGGGGAGGGGAAUUGCCCCUCCUGAAGUGCUUCUUUUUGACUUGUGUGUUCACUCCUGCUUCUUUAAAAAGGAAUAACUGAAUAGCUGGGGUUUUUGUUUUUCUCCCCGCCCUUUUGGUGGGAGGGGUUUAUUUGAAAUUAAAUGAAGAUAUGAAUGAAAAUACACUUUCUUGUUGUCUUUGACCUUCUGGCCAAGGAUAUAAAUUUCAAAGAGUGCCAAUGUGUCAAAAUCUAGGUCUGAGAGAUUCAGCCUGCUGUUUGAAGUAUGGAACUUUUGAUGUCUUAUUCAGUAUUGGCCAUCUUUUGGCUUCUUGACUUAUGUCUCCCUGAGAGGCACCUGCUGUUCCCACUCUAGCGUGUAGGUUGGCACAAGGUGCUGAGUUGGGGCCCUUCCCCCACUGCUGCUGUCGAUCCAGCCAGCGAGUGCGUUUUACAGUGCUGCUCUGUGGCGGAGCUGUGCUCCCCACAGUCUGAGUGGAUUCAGAAAAGGGAAUUCAGGUUUUCUCUUGGGAAGCAUGAGAGUGAUGCUAAAUCAUUUUCUUCCUUGUUCUUGCGGAGAAUAACAUGUCCUGAAGGGCACCUCUACCUUUGGAAAGGGCUAGGUGGAGAAAUUGACAGGUGACUGUCUAUCGAGUCUUUGAAGAGGAGGGAUUUUCCAUAUUUCUUGCGCUAGAAAUCCCAUGUAGGUGUUACCGUGACCCUCCCCCAGCUGACUGAUUCAGAACUAGACAACUGGAGCAGGAAGAGGUUCCACUUGUCUCACUUUGGCCCUUCCUGACUUUAAUGCCCAAGUGCUUUCCACUACACAGGCAUCUGAAUCAGAUGGGCUUUAUUUUUCUCUCAACAAAGUGAAAGUUACUUGAAAAAAAAAAAAUGCUGUUUCAGUAAAUACCGUAAUAGUAUUUUAUACCAUUCAAAGGAGUCUACCGAGUACAACCUUAGUGAAAAUUAAAACAUACCCUUCUAAGACUACACUCAGUGCAAAUGGUCUUCCCCGUACAAUGUAGCAAGACCAGGUUCCCUCAUGUCAGCAUCUGACAGGAGCACUGCCCAGCCCACGCCAUGCACAGGAGCCAGAGCCAGCGCCUGUGGAGCGUCAUGAAGGGCAGCGUGCUCCACGCCGCACGCUUACCAGCGCUGGCCUUCGCUCCUGUUUCUAAUGGAGAAACUAUUCGGGGUGGGGUGGGGGACACAUGACAAAAUGAGACAACAGGGCCCAGCUGUGUAGAAAUGACCCAUGAUAAAUGUGAGGGUUUUUGUACCACAAAAACUUAUUUUCACAUUAGAAUGGAAAUGCCCUUUGUAAUUUCAGAAUUCUAAGGGAAAGCAGUUUUUAUCAUACGUGUGUGUCCAUGCACCAUUUCUUAACAAAAUGGUUUACCAAAAAGAAUGUCAGCAAUUUGUGAUCUGGCCAGUUGUCCUUUGGGCUCCAGGGAGGCUUGGUAAAUGGGGAGUGAACUCCACGCAGGACCGCGCGUGGGAGCAGCCAGUUGCCAGUGAUGGUGUGUGCCACAAAGCCACCUCCAGCUGAGUGGGGGAACAUUCAUUCACUUUUUAAUUUUCUAAAUGGUAUUUGGAAUUGUUGCUGUGUACUAAGAACUUGACCUAAAUAAAAUCCCACAAAGUAUA